AUGCAGAACUUUGCCAUCGAGGUGCAGGGUGAAGCCAAUCCUUUAACCGAGCAUACAUUACUGCAGGUCUUGAGUUCUGCUGCAUCGGCAGACCCUCAGCAAGUCCGAACAGGUGCCAAUCAGCUCGCAAGAUGGGAGAAAACCGCUGGGUUUUAUAAGCACCUACAAAGUGUGUUCAUCAACACAUCAUUGCCAUUUGAAGUCCGAUACUUGGCCAUCAUCCAGCUCAAGAAUGGUAUCGAGAAAUACUGGCGGAAGACAGCGGCAAAUGCUGUUUCACCAGACGACCGAGCAGUGAUCAGGUCUCGCCUUCUGGAGAGUGGAAUCGAAGAACACGACCAUCGUUUGGCUCUGCAGAACGCAAUUGUCGUUGCAAAAGUUUCCCGAUUCGAGUACCCCAAUGACUGGCCCGAUGUGAUUAGCACGUUGAUAAGUGUGCUGCGGAGAUCAAACGAACCCACUGCUAAUCCAAUUCACCUUUCUCGCACGCUGCUCAUCUUUCUCCAUAUCAUCAAGGAGCUCUCCACUGCUCGCCUUCAGAAAUCUAGAGUAGCUUUGCAAGCUGCGACGCCGGAGAUUGUCCAGAUUCUGGGACAGAUUUAUCUUGAAAAGGUUCAAUCAUGGCAACGAUCUCUGACAAACAGUGUUGGUGAACAAGAUGCAUUGCAACAGACAAUGCAAGCCAGCCUCCUAGCCAUCAAGACGCUACGCAGAUUGCUAGUCACUGGCUACGAGUUUCCCAACAGAGAGUCAGACGUGUUCCAGUUCUGGCAACUCACUUACGCCCAGGUCGGUGCUUUUAUGAAUAUCAUCUCAUCACAAGGUGCUACCCUUCCAGAAGAGCUAGGUGUACCACUCGAGAAACAUCUGCUUCAACUGUCAAAGCUACAUCUCGAGAUGGCAACGGCACACCCUGCUGCCUUUGCGCUCCUACCGAAUUCUCUCGAUCUUGUUCGUUCUUACUGGGUUCUUAUCAAGCAAUUCGGAGAGACUUUUGGAUCUCGUCUGGAUCUCGGUACAUCCAAUGGAGAACAAGAUGAGCAGAAACCAUUCCAAGAGAAGGUGUCCCUUUCCGGUCUCAAGCUCGUCCGUGCUUGCAUCAAGAUGGCCUUCAAUCCGACGCAAUCGUUCAAGUACAAACGUCCUGAAGACAAAAUCGAGAAGGCAGAGGCAAUCGCUGUCAUCAAGGAGCAGCUGUUGACAGACACAUUUGUUACUGAGAUCAUGGAGACUGUUGUCACCAAAUAUUUCGUUUUCCGACAAGGUGAACUACAAGAGUGGAAUGAUGACCCAGAGGAUUGGGAGCAAAGUCUGGAGGGUGAAAGCGAAGGGUGGGAAUUCAGUGUCCGACCCUGUUCUGAGAAAUUGUUCCUGGACCUUGCUCUCAAUUACCGGAACUUGCUGAUCCAACCGCUGCUUAACGUCUUUUACGCCGUCGCAACGCCUGAUAAUGAGGAUGUUCUUUUCAAGGACUCGGUUUAUUCAGCAAUUGGCUUGGCUGCUGCAGUCGUGCAACAGCACCUCGACUUUGACUCGUUCCUCUCGAACACGAUCGUUGUCGAAGUCCAGAAGCAGAAGCCAGGUUUCAAUAUUCUUCGUCGCCGCAUUGCUAUCCUCCUUGGUCAAUGGAUCACAGUCAAGGUGUCAGCAGAGAACAGACCGCUAGUAUACAAGAUCUUCCAGCAUCUGCUCGACCCGAGCGACUCUUGCAAUGACCAGGUUGUCAGAAUUACUGCCGGACGACAAUUCAAGAACAUAGUGGACGAUUGGGAGUUCAGUCCAGAGCAGUUCCUGCCCUAUAUUCAAACUACGAUGACACAGUUGUUGAAUCUCAUCCAGGAGGUCGAUAACAUGGAGACGAAGAUGGCGUUGCUCAACACAAUCAGUGUGUUGGUUGAGCGACUAGAACACCACAUCACACCUUAUGCGCAAACGAUCAUAAGCAUCCUACCAAAUCUUUGGGAGCAGUCAGGAGACGUGCAUCUAAUGAAGCAAGCUAUUCUGACGAUUCUCUCUCGUCUCGUCUCAUCUAUGAAGGCUGACUCCGUGCCAUUCCACAACCUCGUUCUGCCCAUCAUCAAAGGUGCUGUGGAGCCAGGAUCCGAUACACAGGUCUACCUGCUCGACGAUGCUUUGGACCUCUGGCAGAACAUUCUGAUCCAAACACCUGCUCCAGCUUCAUCCGAACUUCUGCAGUUAGCACCACAUCUUUUCUCCAUCUUUGAGUUCGGCUCGGAAAAUCUUCGUACAGCUCUCGACAUAACUUCGUCAUACUUCCUUCUUGCACCGGCAGAAAUGCUCUCGGACGAGAUGCGAAAGCCGCUGAUGGCGUCUCUAUCGAACCUCGUUGGCUACGUCAAGGCAGAUGCAAGUGGGACUGUCAACAAUCUCGUCGAGCUCAUCAUCAGGUCAGCUGAGCGUAUUGGUGGCGAAUCUGCCAUCAGCACUAUUGCUGGCGACCUCAUCGAAUCAGACUUUCUUCGCAAACAACUCAGAGGCCUUCACGGUAGUUGGGUCGCCCAUUGCACUACCGGCCCCCUGGCAAAAGACCCACCUGUCGACGGCAUCGUCGAGACAGACUAUCUCUCCGUGCUUGCACGCCUUGCUAUGGGUUCGGAGAGCUUAUUCCUACAAGCAGUGCAGGCUGCCGCACCUCCAAUCCCACUUAGUGAUGUCGACAACCAGCCUUCUUUGAGUGAAACAAUGAAGUGGCUUCUCGAAGAAUGGUUCAGCCACUUUGAGAACAUCGGCGAUCCAUCACGUCGCAAAUUGAUGUGUCUCGCCCUCACAAAACUACUCUCCACCUCCCAACCGUUCAUUUUCGGCUCUCUCCAAUCUCUAAUGACACUCUGGACUGAUAUGGUCAUCGAGAUCCGCGAAGAAGAUGGCCCAACAGAUUCCGACACUCUGGUCUACAACAGCAUCGAUGAGUUGAGAAAUACUGACCCUGACGUCCUUGAAGCACCGGAAGAUGAGAGACGUCGUGCAUUGACAUUUGCAGAUCCAGUACAUAAUGUUCGUACUACACAGUGGAUCAAGCAUUACUUGCAGAUGGCCAUUGAAGCUGCAGGUGGUUAUGAGGCUUUCCAGAGCGAGUGGCUGGUUAACGUUGACAAGGAUGUCAUCGCCGCGUUUGGCAAGUUGGGCAUCAUGUAA